ACUUUACCGUUUGUUAGUUGUAGAAACAUCUUUGAUUUCCUAGAAAUGUAGAGGUUGAUCACUUCUGAAGCAGCCCCAAGCCCCCAAUACAAAAAAUAUAACUAUAUACGUAUCAUUUUAUUAUUUAUAUCCAUCUGUUGCUAUUCAUCAUCAUCAUCAUCAUCAUCAAUUCCCUGAAUAUAAAUUCUAUCAGACGAUGAAUUUUCUAUCUAAUUACUAUGUACAGCCCUAAAUUACUCUGUAACUGAAACUAAUCAAAAUAUAUUUAUAUAAUUAUGGAUAUAGAUAUUGGUAGUACUUACAACAAUCAUCAUCAUCAUCAUCAUAAUAAUAAUAAUAAUAAUAAUAAUAAUAAUAAUAAUAAUAAUAAUAAUAAUAAUAAGGUUUGUGAACUUUUUUUCAAUAGACAGAUCGGAUUCAAUCCUCCCUACAAAUUCUCUCGCCGUAUCUCUGCUUCCCAGGGUGUUGUAAAGAGGAUUGGUCUUAGUGGUAAAUUAGUUGGGCAUGAUGGAUGUGUAAACACGAUCGAGUUCAAUAAUAAUGGCGAUCACUUGGUGUCAGGUUCCGAUGACAGAACGGUUAUGUUUUGGAAUGUGGCUACUACUUCUUUGAUUCUUUCUUAUGCUUCUGGUCAUGUACAGAAUGUUUUUCAGGCAAAAAUUAUGCCAUUUACAGACGACCAAACAAUAGUAACUUCUGCUGCUGAUGGCCAAGUUAGACUUGGUCAAGUAGCAGAGAAUGGUCACGUGCACACGAAAAGAUUGGGGAAACACCAUGGCCGUGUUCACAAGCUUGCAGUCGAGCCUGGAAGUCCCCGCAUAUUUUACAGCUGUGGUGAAGAUGGACUAGUUCAACAUUUUGAUUUACGACGUAAUUCUCCCACAAGGCUUUUCUGUUGCUCCUCAUUUGCAGAAACCGAUCAGCAGUCUUCCUCGGACAGUUUAAGAUUGAAUUCAAUUGUAAUUGACCCGAGGAACCCUAAUUAUCUUUGUAUAGGAGGUUCUGAUAAAUAUGCACGUGUAUACGAUAUUAGAAACUUUCAGAAGGACCAAACAUUAAGCAAUAGGGACCGUCCCGUAAACACAUUUUGUCCAAAACACUUAAUUGAGACUCAUGAUGUUCACAUCACUGGGAUGGCAUACUCGGGCACCAGUGAACUUCUUGUUUCGUAUAAUGAUGAACUUAUUUAUAUGUUUCAAAAGAAUAUGGGGUUAGGACCCACCCCCAUGGCGGUUUCAAAAGAAGAUUUAGAUAAUUUGGAAGAACCACAAGCCUAUUCUGGGCAUAGGAAUUCUCUGACAGUUAAAGGGGUUAGUUUUUUUGGGCCUAAUAGUGAGUAUGUGAUGAGUGGAUCAGAUUGUGGGCAUAUUUUUAUUUGGAGUAAAAAAGGAGGCAGACUUGUUCGUGUAAUGGAAGGAGAUAGGCGCAUAGUAAAUCAAGUGGUGCCUCAUCCUAAUAUCCCUGUUUUUGCUUCCUCCGGUUUGGAGAAGGAUAUAAAGCUUUGGGCGCCUUUGUCUGAUGACAUUUCCCCCCUGCCUCGUGAUUUAGAAGAGAUCAUGGAGUCAAACAGGCGAGGCAGAGAAGAUCGUUCACGCGUUACACUCACCCCUGAUGUAAUAAUGCAUAUUUUGCGACUUCACAGGAGGCAGGCAAUGGCUUAUAUUGAAAGAAGACAUAAUAGAGAUGAUAUUACAAAUGAAGAGGAAGAUGAAACUGAUGCGUAUGUCUUGGGAUUCCCUGAUGGUGACGGCGGCUCCUUGGAAGAGGGAGAUCCAAAUGAGUGUAAUAUAGUUUAGUAUUACUUGUAUUUGUAACAAGUUUUGGCUUUACUCUGCCAAAGUGUUGACAUUUUAUCUUGUUUUGCAAGUCUGUAUCAUUAUUUGAAAAUAAAGGUUGCAUAUAGUUGCAUAUGUAUAGGAAAUGAUUUUAUUAUUAUAGAAUGAAACUUAUAUCAGUGACAUUUGAUUACACUUUUUUUUAA